AUCUUGUACAGUCUAACUCCGCUACCCCCUGAAACUUAUGAUUUGUUAUGUCAGUCUCGUGUGUUGCAUGGCGUUUUACUGUCAUCCAGCUCCAGUUUCCAUAGGGACGACAAGGUGCUUUUUAGGAGCACUUGUGCUAUAGUGACAUUCUUUAUAGGUCCUGUCUUCUCGGGUUUUUUUUUUUUUCGUGUCACCAUGUAGCGCCCAGCACUUGUACUUGGGCACCCUGGCUGUCACUUCACUUUUCAGAGUAAUGCAACCUUGGAGCAGCGUUCUAGGUUUUCGGAUGCUUUUCAAUAUUCUCCUUCUUCACCACUAUUAUAUUGAAAGUUAAAUUUUAUUUUGCGCAAACAUGCCGCUGCUUUCCCAUGAUAUAUAAAUUGUAUUAGAGAAGCUGCCCCCUUUCAGUCCUGAUCUUGGCGAGAUCAUAAGAUGGCGAGUUCCAGGUUGAUAGUGACAACAAAAAUCGGGCGAUGGCUCAAAACGGAGUUCUCAGCUAUUACAACUUCUUCUCCAGGAGGAUCCUAUCUUAAUUCGUCCCUUUAAAGGCCAUAAAGCGGCAGUCACCGGCGUUGACUUCAACCCGAAUACCUCGGCGCUCGGUUUCUUAUGAUCUGGAAUUUGAGGCCACAGUCCAGAGCUUUCAGAUUUGUGGGUCAUGUGGAAGCUGUAACCAGUGUACAGUUUUCACCAGAUGGGCACCUCUUGGCAUCUGCUUCUCAAGAUCGGACUAUCAGACUGUGGAUUCCCUGUAUUCAUGGAGAAUCUUCAGCCCUGAAAGCCCAUACUGCACCUGUCCGCAGUGUGAACUUCUCACAUGAUGGCCAGUUCCUAGUUACAGCAUCCAAUGACAAAUCAAUAAAAGUAUGGAGUGUUCACCGUCAGCGGCUUUUGUUUUCCUUGUUCCAGCACACACACUGGGUUCGCUGUGCCAAAUUUUCACCUGAUGGAAGAUUAAUAGCAUCUUGCAGUGAGGAUAAAACUGUUAAAAUCUGGGAUGCAACAAAUAAAAUAUGUGUUGAUAGCUUUACAGACUAUGAAGGGUUUGCAAACUAUGUUGAUUUCAAUCCAAGUGGUACAUGUGUAGUUUCUGCAGGUUCUAAUCAUAUAGUGAAGCUCUGGGAUAUUCGAAUGAACAAGUUACUGCAGCAUUACCGAGUUCACAGAGCAGGAGUUAAUUGUCUAUCGUUCCAUCCUUCUGGUAACUAUCUCAUCACUGCCUCUACUGAUGGUACCCUUAAAAUUAUGGAUCUAUUAGAAGGAAGACUUAUAUACACACUUCAUGGACACAAGGGACCUGUGCUUUCUGUGGUCUUCUCUAAAGGUGGGAAAAAAUUUGCAUCAGGUGGAGCUGAUGCUCAGGUAUUACUGUGGAAGACCAAUUUUGAUGCAUUUAACUAUAAGGAAGUUCUUAAACAACAUAGUAGAAGAAUACAUACAGAUGACCCACCUCAUCUUCUUGAUAUUUAUCCAAGGUCACCUCAUCCCCAUGAUAGGAAAUCUGAGUCAAUUGAGAUAGAUCCUAGCUUUGAUGUGACAGAUACACAGACGCUUGACCCACCUAUCACAGAUAUCAGUUCCUCCAUGCAUUUCAGUUCUCUGUCAAGGACGACUGGAACUUCAUAUGGGGUUUCCACGUUCCAAGAUGAUAUGAGCAGUGAAGAUCUGCGGUAUCGUUCUACUUUGUUCUCACCAAGAAGCUCAAGAAGGAGGCUGGAGGAUGAGGUUGAAUCAGCUGUGUGUACAGUGAACAAGCGCAUAGGCAUCUCACCAGCUCUGGGUAAUGCAUUAGAGCACAUUGUGGAGCAGCUGGAUGUUUUGACUUUAACUAUUUCAAUCCUGGAGCAGCGACUGACUUUGACUGAAGAUAAACUAAAAGAAUGCUUAGAAAAUCAACACAAAAUGUUACUUCAGGCUAGUAGUCCAGUGGAAAGCAGUUAAAGGAACAUGAAAUAAGCACCUGUAGAAGCCAAUGCAGAAUUAGAACCUAAAAGAGUAAGGAUUUCUACUCUUAGUUUGCUUUUUAAACCUUUCAGGCAUGUUGUAAAUAUUGCUGCUUUGAUUAUUUUUAAUAAAGAGAAGAAAGCAGAAAGGAAACUUGUUGUAAACAUGAAUUGGCAAUCAUUAUAGGGAAAAUUUCUACCUCCUCUAUAAUAUGAAACUUUUCCUUUGUUUCUUUACAUCUUCACAGUGUCAAUAAAUGUCAGUCACAGAACAUCUCUCUUGAAAAAUUUACAAUCAAAAUUGAAGAGACUUUCCUUUCUACAGCUUCGUGCUUACAUUGCAAAUUUGUGUUAUGUAUAAGACAAAGGGAAGAUCAUAUAAAUAAUGCAAAUUAAUACUCAGUUGUGCAACUGAAUUUGGAUAGCUGAACACCUUUUCCUGCAUUGAGCUCCAUGAGAUUUCUGCGUGAGCACAAGAGCACACCUAUGAAGAUUUGAUUGCAGAACUGGGGCAAAAGUGGCCAACAAUAUAUCUCAAACAUUGUCAUUUAACACUGUCAUUGUUCACCCAUCUCUGACUAUGUGUCACCAGAAUCUAUGAUGCACAGUAACCUCUGAGUUUGGUCAAUUGAUAUAUUUUAAAAAAACACGAAUCAAAUAACACACAUUUUAUACUUUGAUCUUGUAAUGUACUUGUCAUCGGGGGAAGAAACAUAUAAUAGGGAACUAGCCUUUCAGUUUAGUUGUGUGGGUUCAUAUAUAUUUCUAUGAAAAAAUAUACUUAUAAAAUAUCCUCCGGUAAAUGCUAUUCUCUGGAUGGCUUACAACAUCUGGGAUAACAUUCCACCAACCAAAGGGUGGAGGUGGGCCAGAGGCAGAUCCUCAGUUAUAUGAGUUCAUCAAGUCUGUUCUGAUGUUGCGCUCUCCUAUCCCUCAAAACAGGGGCACCAGGCAUCUGCCCCUAAAAAUAGAGGUGAAGCAGCUGGACUUGUUUGGGAGAAGGCUUGUUUGGGAGAAGGCUGGACUUUGUUUGGUAGAAGGUAAACUGCAGCUUUGUAUUCCAAACCAACAUGCUUUUUUUGGGGCGUUAUGAUCUCAUCCUGUGGGAUACAGUUUCAGAGUUCAAAAACAGGCUCCUAGAUUAGUUGAAACAGGAGUUUCAAACAUUAAUAAAGGAAGGCAAGUUGGUUGCCAAAACAGCUCUGAAGGCCUGGUGAAAUGCAGCAGAUUCUGUAGUAUACAACAUGUACUUUUGCCAUCAUGGUAAUGAGCUGUCCUAGUUACACAUUUCGGACCUCCCUCCAGAGCCUCAGCAAAGUCCAGGACCUCCCUUUUGAAUGUCCAUUUCUUUUUCAUAAGAGAGACCCAGAAUAGCUUCAAAGACUAGAGCAACACAGAGACUUUUGAAGCAAAAGGUAUUCUGUCCUCAUCUGUCCCAGCGUUUCCAAAGGUUUGUCCCUGACUCUCACCAGGCUUCAAGAGUCUGCUGUGGGAGCCUGCAGGAUCAGAAUAGGGAUAGGAAGAGGGGAGAGUCUGAGCACUAUGAAACAGGAAAGGCAUCAUCUCUGCUUGCCUCUUAUGCCCACCACCCAUGCAAAAGCUCCUCUCUUCUAAAGCCCUGUGAAUUUUUGAAAUUCCGUUUCCUGAUGGCACAGCGUGGCAACACACUUAGCAGCUCUCCAUUAUUAAGUGCAACUGCCCAGCUGACCAUACUAGCAACAUGCUCCAGACUGGAGUAGGCAGGGGAUAUUGGAACUCAGGCCUGUGAGGAGAAAAGACUGCGCAGGCACAACUCUGAACCAGCCACAGAAACAUUGGCAUCUAUAAGGAGAUCACUGUUCACCGUUAGCUCUGCUUUGGAGGUAUUUCAAAGAGUAGCUACACAGAUCUUUAAGGGAUAAUUAAGUGCUAGAGUUAUAACAGAUGAUGUUUUAAAACUAGGAAUUUUAGACACAAAGAUUUAGGAAAAUUGUACAGUGAGUAAGAGAUCUUUUACCUAAAACAGAAAUACAGGAAAUAACGUAUUGGCCUAACAGUAAUUGUGUAUAAAUUGAGGAAAAAAUAGCUUAAUUGCAAAUUCAGGUAAUACAAUCAUUGAAAUGUCCAUUUUAAAAUGCCUAAUGGCUCUUGAGAGGUUUAGGGCACUGAUAAACUAUUUGGCAAAGUUAAUUUCACUUCUGCUUACGGUCACUGUAACAUUAUCACUGGAAAGAUAGACAAAAACAAGCAUUUAAGCAAUUAAAAACACUGAUUGAGCUGCAAAUUUCACAGUUUUAUGACUAAAUCAGCUGCAUUGUCAGAUACAGGAAGAGAGAUGGUUACAUUUUUCUAAAAGAGGCAUACUGCAACUGUGUCCAAGUUGACAGAGAUGCUAUAAAUUAUUAGAUUGCCUUAAAUAUAGUCUGUAUGUUUAUAAUCCCAACACAAGUUUGAAAGAGAGAUAAGUUUCUUUAAACUAUCUUUAGCCCCACUUAUGAUAUGUUGCUGAAGCCACAAAGAUACUGUUUGUCUCACCCUUGAUAAGUUAAAUAAAAUGAUUCCUUAAGCAACAGUCAAGGUAAUUAGAGAACAUGUAUCAAUCAUUGCUCACUAAUGCUGAGGUUGUGAAGUCCAAGGUGCAUCUAGCUAAAACUACAAUAUAAUCUGCCUGGAAUGAGUCAUGUUAGCAAUUGUGUCUUGGAAAAUAAAGCAGCAAAUAUAUGCAGGAUUGAAAUAAACUUUAAUUGACCAAUUAAGUGACUUUGAAAAAUAUUUGAAAUAUAUUGGUCAGUUAUAUGUUGUUUUAAAGUUAAUUGUGUUACCUAUUCUUUACUUCUUCUAAAGUAUCAAAUAAUAAGUGCAAAAAAGGAAGGAAUUUGUUAGUAUGUGAGAGUAACCCAAGGGCCUUUUGAUGCCAACUGGCAGAGGGCACAGGCCUAUGCAAUGAUACAGGGAUCUCUUGGAUUCACACAAAAUGUCAUGUAAGGUUUCCAGUGAAAGCCUGAGCAACUGGUCAUGAUAGUAAUUGAAAAGUGUAUGUGGUAAAUAUGUAAGAAGAUAUGUAUAUAUAUGCUAAAAAUCAUGUUCUCAAAACCUUUUAGUUAAAAUUGGGUCACUCAAAGGCACCAUGCCUGGAGACAAACUUCUCCAGACAGGAGAUAGGAUACUGUCAUCUGAGUAGACCUCUGUGUAUGCUAUGUCUCACAAAAGAAGUUUAGUAGCAUAGUGAAUCAGUUGCUAACUCAGAACUGGUAGUGAUGUCAGUGCAAAAUUAACAGGAAGAGGUAAAUAGUGGAAGGGCUCAGGUACCCUAUUUUCAGAUCAACAUCAAAGGGCUGGGCUGGUGUAUUUGGAGAUGCAGAGAUGCUCUGACACCCUUCCAGCUUGAGGACAAGCUGCCAUUGGCCUUGAUCUUAUGAAAGGGGGAUCUUAGCCCCUUGCUAAAAAUGCUGGGAGAAAAGGACUUGGGGUAAGCAAUCCUGUAGGAAACAGGAUAUUGUCUAGUGUGUUUAAAUUUAGGCUCCAAAUAAUCAUUUAAAUUUCUGUUCAUUGAUAAUAAAUGUAUUCUUGUUUUCCUUAUAAAUAUAUCUGAGACUUGUGUAUUAAACAGAGUGGUGAUCCGGAGUUAAAACUAGUGAGCGGGUGUGUACAAUUCCUUUUGGAAUCAGUGGGUCAGAGUUCUUUGAGUGUAUACUGGACCAGGGCUGGGCACUCCGGUAUGAUGCUUCAAGGACUCAACAGUUUAUAUUGACCUAUUACUUAACUGCAAAGGGACAGUGAAGCCUGCAGGGGCUGAGAGGGAGUACUUAUGCUGCCUGUGGCCAGGGUUGUCUGUGAACUGACCCUUGGCAGCUACAGACAGGGCUCUGUCAUGCUAAAAAAACAUGCUAGCAAGGUGUCUCUCCCCUGUGAAACAUCAUUCUGUGACAAUGUUACAGUCUAUCUUAAGCUUCUAACCAUGCCUAAUGUGAACUAGAUAUUUCUAAAAGUCUCAGAGGGUUAGCUGUGUUCAUCUGUAACUUUAAA